CUCCUUUCUUCUCAAACAUUUUUGACAUUCAUAACAAUUCAUUUGAAAAUAUUUAUUAAAAGUCAAAAGUAAAAACUUUUAUAGAAUUUGUCUAUUCAAACAGAACCUAUGCAAUUUUAAACUAUUUAUUUAUUAAAGAUUCAAUCCAAAAUACAUUCCAAAUUAUUUUUAAUACCUUUAAUAAAUUCUGUCUUGAGUGUCUUGAAAUCCUUAAUCAAAACAUUUAUUGAAAAUGGUCCAGCAUUGGAUGAGUUGGUGUCGCCUAUGUGCUAGGGAAGAUCCUAACAAUACACAUACUAAUGUCCUUCUUAAGAACGAAGAGGGUCUACCAUUAACCAGUACAAUAGCUCUAUGUUUUUCAAUCGAUAUUAACAAUUUUUGCAACUUACCAAAUAAGAUAUGCUCCGAGUGCUACCGACUAAUCAGAUCAACAAUUGACUUAAAAGAUAGAAUAACUAAGGUUUCAGCUAUGUUUGCCGAGCUGCAACUUACUUCCUAUGAUGGAGAAGAAUUUGACGCACGUAAAAUCAAAGCCCGCCACAAUCUUGAAUAUGACUUCAAAGUAUUUGCUACAAAUUCUUCUUCCAUUGGCCUACCCACUGACUUCGAAACAAGAGAUAAACUUUUAGAAAUAGAUGAAGAAAUGAUUGAUCAUGAAAUGAUUAAUUGCAACAAAACUAUUGACUCGAAUCCUAUCAAAAUUAAACUCGAAGGGGAUGAAGAAGAUGAGAUAAACGUAAACUUUGAUCGUUUAGAUUCUCAAAGCGAUGAAAGCUCCGAUAGCAGCAGUGCUGCUCCUGAAAAGUCAUCGGUCGCUGUCAAAAAUCAUACUAAUAAGACAAAAAAGAAAUAUAGAAAGAAGACACAAAUACAAGCCGAGAACCUUAGUAAACCUCAUUACUGCUCCGAGUGCUGUAAGGGCUUUCUAAAACUUCACAACUAUCGACGGCAUAUGCACUAUGCUCAUGGCGUCACUAUGGAUCUGAAGCCUCCUCUGUUUGUUUGUGAGAAUUGUGGUAAGGAAUAUAGAUCUAUUUCAGCGCUGAGGGAACACGAGCACUCGCAUACUGAGGAGCGGACACUGAAAUGUAAAUAUUGCGAAAAGACAUUCAAGGGCAUUCCUUCUUUGAGACUUCAUGAAGAUACACACAACGAAACUAAUUACAUUUGUGUUGUUUGUGGCCUCAAAUUGAAUACACAACGAACUCUAAGAAUGCACAUGAUAGUGCAUUCCGAUCAAAGAAAGCACAAAUGUGAUCAUUGUGGGAAUGAGUUCAAAAGGGCGAAAGAUUUAAAAAAUCAUCUCAUUCUUCAUACGGGACUAAAACCAUAUUCCUGUGAUUUCUGCGAUAGGACCUUUGCCAGUGGUGCUAACUGCCGUAGUCAUAAGAAAAAAAGUCACCCUGUGGAAUUGGCCGAGCAGGAAGCUGCUGGGAAGAAAAACACAAAAGCAAAAAUGCCUAAAUUAAGCGAGUUGAAAGCUGUAAUAAGUAAACUAAAUCAAAAUGGUCAGGAGGAAAAAGCAUCAGUACAACUAAAGGCCGAAGUUGAUGGACCAAACAAUCGGGAUAAAUCAUUAGACUCUUCGUCGUCUAAAGAAGAAUCAGGCUUCUUUCAUGGUAUUUUUGGAAAAAAGUGUCUCUACUUAGAGAAAAUGGUCCAGCAUUGGAUGAGUUGGUGUCGCCUAUGUGCUAGGGAAGAUCCUAGCAAUACACAUACUAAUGUCCUUCUUAAGAACGAAGAGGGUCUACCAUUAACCAGUACAAUAGCCCUAUGUUUUUCAAUCGAUAUUAACAAUUUUUGCAACUUACCAAAUAAGAUAUGCUCCGAGUGCUACCGACUAAUCAGAUCAACAAUUGACUUAAAAGAGAGAAUAACUAAGGUAUCAGCUAUGUUUGCCGAGCUGCAACUUACUUCCUAUGAUGGAGAAGAAUUUGACGCACGUGUAAUCAAAGCCCGCCACAAUCUUGAAUAUGACUUCAAAGUAUUUGCUACAAAUUCUUCUUCCAUUGGCCAACCCACUGACUUGGAAAAAAGAGAUAAACUUUUAGAAAUAGAUGAAGAAAUGAUUGAUCAUGAAAUGAUUAAUUGCAAUAAAACUAUUGACUUGAAUCCUAUCAAAAUUAAACUCGAAGAGGAUGAAGAAGAUGACAUAAACGUAAACUUUGAUCGUUUAGAUUCUCAAAGCGAUGAAAGCUCCGAUAGCAGCAGUGCUGCUCCUGAAAAGUCAUCGGUUGCUAUCAAAAAACAAACUAAUAAGACAAAAAAGAAAUAUAGAAAAAAGACACAAAUACAAGCUGAGAACCUAAGUAAACCUCAUUACUGCUCCGAGUGCUGUAAGGGCUUUUUAAAACUUCAUAACUAUCGACGGCAUAUGCACUAUACUCAUGGCGUCCCUGUGGAUCUGAAGCCUCCUCUGUUUGUUUGUGAGAAUUGUGGUAAGGAACAUAGUUCUAUUUCAGCGCUGAGAGAACACGAGCACUCGCAUACCGAUGAGCGGACACUGAAAUGUAAAUAUUGCGAAAAAACAUUCAAGGGCAUUAAUUCUUUGAGAAACCAUGAAGAUACACACAACGAAACUAAUUACAUUUGCGUUAUUUGUGGCCUUAAAUUGAAUACACAACGAACUCUAAGAAUGCACAUGCUUGUGCACUCGGAUCAGAGAAAGCACAAAUGCGAUCAUUGUGGGAAUGAGUUCAAACGGGCGAAAGAUUUAAAAAAUCAUCUGAUUCUUCAUACGGGACUAAAACCAUAUUCCUGUGAUUUCUGCGAUAGGACCUUUGCCAGUGGUGCUAACUGCCGUAGUCACAAGAAAAAAAGUCACCCUGUGGAAUUGGCCGAGCAGGAAGCUGCUGGGAAGAAAAACACAAAAGCUAAAAUGCCUAAAUUAAGCGAGUUGAAAGCUGUAAUAAGUAAACUAAAUCAAAAUGGUCAGGAGGAAAAAGCAUCAGUACAACUAAAGGCUGAAGUUGAUGGACCAAGCAAUCGGGACAAAUCAUUAGACUCUUCGUCGUCUAAUGAAGAAUCAGGCUUCUUUCAUGGUAUUUUUGGUAAAAAGUGUCUCUACUGAAGGUUUGAAUUAUCUCUUCAAAUUAAUUCUGUAUUUAAAACGUAAGAAGUUCCUGAGUACCUGUUCGUUUUUCCUUUCUUUAACACUAACGAUUUAUUUUUCGUUAAUAUUAAUCUAGUUUUAAAAAUAAAACGUAAUGGUAAAAUUAUUUAAUUUAUUUACAUGAGGUUGCAAAAUAAUUUAUUUUUAAAUUGAUUAAUAAUCUAUAAUAAUAUAA